AUGGGCGCGGCGGAGGAAUACGAGGAGCACGGCGGCGGCGACGGCGGUUCGGCGGAGGAGAAUGGAAGCGCCGCGGGCGACGGCGGCGGCGAUGGCGGCGCGAUGCAUCGCGAGGAGAUGCAACUGUACUCUGAGGCGUCCGCGUUUCAAGGCGCCGCGGUGGUGGCGAUGAUUGAGCGGCACGACGAAGACAUCGGCGAGGAGCAGAAGAUUCUCGAAAUCACGAUGGAGGAUGGGGUUACCAUGUCGCUCGCGCUCGACUCGGGCGAACGGCGGCUUAACGAACUUGGUUACCGGCAGGAGCUGAAACGUUCGCUGCAUUUUCCGCAGCUGUACGCGACGGGCAUCAGCAUGAUGAGCGUGUUCGCGGGGGUGGUCCCCAUGUACGCACAAGGGUUCAACGAUGGUGGGCCAGCAGGGCUGAUCUGGUACUGGUGGAUCACAGCGGUAGCAGUGCAUCUCAUCGCUCUCAGCAUGGCCGAAAUCUCCUCCUCCUUUCCAACAGCUGGCUCGCUCUAUUUUUGGGCGGCAGCACUGGCAGGGCCGAAGUGGGGCCCACUGGCCUCAUUCAUCACGGCAUGGAUGGAGUUUGUGGGGCUCGCAGUGGGGCAUGCCAUGGUGUCUUACUAUGGCGUCACCAUCCUGCAAGUGCUCAUUCUCAUCAGCACAGGAGGCGCCAACGGCGAUGGGUUCAUGUUGGAUCACUAUGAGGUGUUUGGAAUCGCGUGCGGGGUGGUGUGCAUCUGCUGCCUCAUCAACUGCUGCUCCAUCCGCAUCGUCUCCUACGUCAUGCUCUUCUCAGCUUGCAUCCAGGUGCUGGGAGCAGUGGCGCUCAUCAUCACACUGCCCCUCGUCGCACCCACGCACCAGCCGGCUUCAUUUGUCUUCCAAACCUUCUUCACUAACGAGUCGCUGCCCACGCCGGCCUACUCCUUUGUGCUCUGCCUGCUCGUCUCCCAGUACUCCCUCUACGGCUACGACGGCGUGGCGCAUCUCUCAGAAGAGACAAAGAAGUCCGACCGCACGUCGCCGGCCGCCAUAGUGGCGUCCCUCACCACAGUCACAUUCGUGGCGUGGCUGCUGCUGGUGGUGUUCACACUCUGCAUUCAGAACGUGGAUGAUAUAUUCGCCACUGCCAUGGAAGGGGAGGUGCCGACGACGGUUACGAACGGCAUGCAGCCGGUCAUUCAGAUUCUCUGGGACGCCUUUCAAGCACGAUAUGGCUCAGGGGUGGGGGCGCAGAUAUUCACGGGCAUCAUAUACACGUCCUUCUUCUUUGGGACUGUGUCGGGACAGCUAGGAGCGUCGCGCGUGGCCUAUGCUUUGGCGCGUGACGGCGGUCUCCCCUUCUCCUUCCUCUGGCGCCGCCUUGCGCCCAACAAGGUCCCAGUGCUCGCGCUCCUCCUCUCUGUCGUCAUCGGAAUCAUCUUCCUCCUCCCUCUCCUCUACACCUCCACCACCAUCUUCUUUGCGAUAGCAUCCAUCUCGAGCAUCGGCUGGGUGUCGGCCUACUCGGUGCCAAUCUUCUUCCGCCUCAUUCAAAAGGAGGACCACUUCCACCCCGGCCCCUUCUACAUCCCCAACUACAUCGGGGUCAUCGGCGGGAAAAUCGUGCAUUUCCUGGCGCUGGUGUGGGUGCUCUACACCAUGAUAGUCUUCCUGCUGCCAUACGCCUUCCCAGUCACGGUCGAGAAUCUCAAUUGGGCACCAGUGGCUAUCGCAGCGUGGGUCAUCAUCUUUGUCACGUGGUGGAUCGUGCACGCUCGCUUCUGGUUCAAAGGGCCGGUUCGGGAGAUUGUUCCGGUCACGGAGGAGAAUGGCGGGGAGAAAGAGGCCGAGGGGAAGGUGGAGUGA